AUGGUCACGUCCGUCGAUCGCCAGAUCUCCGAGGCUUUAGCGCGGGCCGUUGGAGCGUCCGGCAGGCUGGAACGUGCUGCAGGCGGCGACGGCGAUUGGUGCGCCGCGGCGUCGUCCAUCGUCCAUCGCCGGCAGAUCGAGAGACAGUCGUCGAGCUCUCCCAGCAGCCGGCCAGUGCUUGCCAGCUUGCCCAGUGCCUCCCUGCCUCGUCCUGCUGAGGCGCUUUUGCCGCCCCGUGCCCCGCAGCAUUCUGUUCUUGCAGAGACUCAGCCCCUCGGAUCUCUCGUCUCUCGCGCAUCCUCGAUCCGGCGCUGGUUCCUGGCCGACUUACUGCAUCGGCUGAGUCAACCUCUGCAUCAAUCGCUCGCUUCAGAAGCAUUCCCGGACCGUGUGCCUUUUCUCGCUCGCUUGUCGCGCAACUGCUCCAGUUUUCCGGCCUGGUCAGCCCUUGUGGGACAUUUUCUGCUGCAUAAGAAGAGCACGAAGAAUCCUCACUGCCCGCGGCACACCACUGACGUCGCGCCCCUCCAACAAGCCAACGACGGAUCUUCGCUUCCUGUGCAACCCUCCCCGUCCGUGCCGCCUGCCCAUUUUCUUGCUGUCACCUGGACCCUGCGGGCCUGGCCUAUUAUUCUUUGCCUCGGUUCCAUCUCCUGCGGUAUCUCUGGAAUUGGACAGGUACUGCGCUGGGGGUUGUCUCUCAUCAAGCAGCUGAGCGCAACCCCGACGAUCCCUGCUCAAGGUGCCACGAAUGUCACCCAAGACCCGCUUGAUCCGCAAGCCGCUUUGCGGGCAAACAAAGAAGUAUUCUUCUUUCGAUUAGAACGCGAGAUUGAAAAGGUCAAUGCCUUCUAUCUACAGAAAGAAGCAGAGUCCCGUACAGUGUCGAACUCCAAGGCUCCUGCCAACUUCGUUUCCCUGUUUGAAGGCUUCCAGCAAUUUGACAGCGACUUGAACAAGCUUCAGGACCCGAAAACUCACAAAUGGGGGGGGGGAAAAAAGCAAUUCGUCGAAGUCAAUGAGACUGCUGUAUCAAAAAUACUUAAAAAGUCCCGGAUGAAGGAGCUGUACCUCCAUCGGGCGGUCGAGGUUCAACCCUGCUUCAACAGAGAAGUGCUCCGUGAUUUGUCAGAUCGAGCAACGACUACACGGUUAGAGCUGGAAGCGUGGGCCGAAGGCGAGAACAUCCAAUUCGAUGCCGCCCGUCCCUCCGAGCGAACAGGAACGGGACAGCAUGUCGGAAGUGAGGAGGAUGAGUCGGAUCUGCAAGUCCUUCAGACUUCGGCUGCUUCGGGAAAUCCGCAGAUACUGCGUGAGUGGCUCGUGAAGCUCCAGUCGUCCCCGGACGGUAGGGAUCGAACAACGCGACUGUUUCUGGCUGCCAUCAAUGAGUUCUCAGAUGAUAUUCUUUCUAUUCUGCUUGACAGUGGCCUGGUGGAUCUUCAUGCGGAAGACGAUAUCAACGGACGCAACUGUCUUCACGAGGCCGCUAUCUCCGGCCGGAACUUUGUCUUUAAAGCCGGUCUGUCUGGAGGUGUUGAUAUCUCAAGGUCUGACGUGUACGGCAGAAUUCCGCUUCAUUACGCCUGUAUGCACGGCCGGGUGGAAAUGGUGAGUGAUCUACUCGCGGCAGGGCCUGAGACGGUGAAUAUGUUGGAUCACGAUAAUUUUACGCCACUUAUCCAUAGCAUCGUGCGAGAUCAGCUGGCUUGCGCAGAGCAACUCCUGCGCAACAAGGCGAGGAUUGACCCCGCCUCUGAAUCCGACCACAUCCCGCUCAACUUGGCUUGCCAGCACGGGUCGAUACCCAUUGUCAAGAUGCUCCUCGAAAGAAACGCAUCCCUGCUCCCAGAUGCCGAGGGUCUCUACCCCCAGCAUCUGGUGGCCCGGUCCGGUCGAUCUCCUGAACUCCUGCUGCUCCUCAAAAACCACGGGGCCGACCUCAAUCAGAAAGACAAAUUGUAUCAAUGGACGCCCCUGUUUCAUGCGGCAAGUGAGGGCUGCGUGGACUGUCUGCGGACUCUAUUGGAGCUAGAAGUCGACACCUCCGUUGUGGACGAGAAGGGCCUCUCCGCAAUGUAUUACGCCGCGUGGGAAGGGCACCUCGAGUGCAUGGUCCUUCUGUGGUCGAAUCGCGCCAAUUCAAGACUUCCACAUCGGCCUCUGGAUGUUCUCAGCGGCCUGCAACGCGGAGGGUUGACAUCGGCACCAGACGAGAUUCCGACCGAAACAGCUAUGUCGCCUGACAUGGAGGCCGCAGACGGUAUCCCGGAUCUGUCCCUUCCACCACCCAUCAUACCCUUGCGUCGUUACGGACAUAAUUUCCUGGAUACCAAAGCAUUUAUCCAAAUCUACUUCGACCCAUCGGGUCCCGGGUCCAUUGUAUUCGACCACACUGGCCGCUAUCCGGCCGCUCGGCUGACCAUGUCUUCCAAGCUGUCCGAUGUGAUUCCACGGACCAUUAUGCUUCCUAUCCAGGAAGACUCCCGAACGGUAUCCUUCCAGGUCGACAACCUUGAGACGUUUGCCAUUGAUUUCGAGAUUUUCCCAACGUUUGGCUCCAAGGUGAUAGCCAAGACAGUUGCCCUACCGUAUUUGUUUGCGGCGGAAAAUUCGAGCGCGGGGUCCUGCUGCUUGCCAUUGUUUGAUCCCAGGCUUAGGUCAAUUGGUCAUAUCCGCUUUAACUUCCAGGUCAUCAAACCGUACUACGGUGACCCCCUCGAGAUCACGCACUUUGCCACAUACUGGAAGGCAACCAGCGCCAUUGACUCGGAUCACAACGGGCUGAUCACUGGCUCCAGUCUUUCUGGAGACUACGUUCAGCUUUUUGUUCAGCUCACAAAGGACCGGCAUCCGGUCUUGCAUCCAUUAUUUGCUCUUGACCAUCAUGGUAUCGACAUACCCAUCUGCUCUCUAACUUAUGAACAAUUUACGGCCAUUGGUCAAGCAAGGGGCGUCGAUCGCCUUUCAAUACUCGAGUCGCUGCAUGACAAAACCGCUGACGAUAUCGCUGAGAUUCACCAACAACUUGCUACAUCAUUCCUGUCCUUGCGGGAUGUACUCAAUCACCUCCCUGUUGGGAUCCACGUGAAUCUCUCUAUCCUUUACCCAUCCAUGGCUGAAGAGCAGAGACUGGGCAUGACAUCCUUGGCCGACAUUAACAGCUUUGCGGAUGCUAUACUCACUGUUGUCUUUGACCACGCGCGAGCUUCUCGAGAGAAAAAUCCUGAUUUUAUGCGGUCGGUCGUCUUCACAUCAUACAAUCCCAAUAUCUGUACAGCAUUGAAUUGGAAACAACCCAACUUUCUUCUAUGCAACGAUCUGGGGCAGAUCAGUGAUUUUACCGGCGACGUGGAAGCGCAAUCUGCGGUUCAGUCCAGUGGUCGUGCUUCGAUGUCAAUAAAGGAGUCCGCGCGAAUAGCUCAGAGCAAUAACUUUAUGGGAUUGAUAUGUCGGUCAAGUCUAUUGAAUGUGAUGCCAGCACUUGUAGAAACCAUCAAGGAACUGGGACUCGUGCUUGUGGCAGACACCUCCGACGAGGUUGAUGGAAAGCCAACUCGACCCAGUGCUCUGGCGACAGCCAACGCAAUGGGCGUUGCUGCUGAGUGGGCAUACCGGAUGCCCGAGGGCGUCAAUGGCGUGAUGAAAGCCAACGGUGUCUUGAGGUUUAACGACACUAUUGACAUGUGA